GGCAGCGCCGGGGGACAGCAGGGCAGGAGAUGUGCCUGUCCUUAGCGGCACAGGAAGCAGCAUGCACCCCGAUGCCACCGACAGCAGCGGCGCCGGCCUCAGCCUCGCGCCGGCCGCGGCCACCGGCGGCCGCCCAGCCCUGGGCGCCCAGGGCGCCCCGGGCGAGCGGCGGCCGGACGCCCGGGAAGACGCGGCGGCGCCGGGGAGCCCUGGAGGCUGGAACUGGCGAGUGCCCGUGGCCGUGGCCGCACUCGCCUCCGUGUGCCUCUCCUGCCUGGGGCCCGGUUGCUGGCAGGCGGCCGGAGGCGCGGGGCCGUGCACCGUCCUGCUCCGGCUCAGCCUGUGCCUGGGCUGCGCGGCGGCCGCCUUCCUCCUGGGGACUCUCUUCUCCCUCGUCUGCCGGAGCCGGCGAGCCCGGCUGCCCGACUUCGUCGCCGCCUGGAGACGGCUGGCCGCGGCCGCCCACCGCGGGCCGGGAAAUCCUGUGUAUGGAAACUCGCCUGAGUCAGUUCAGUCUAGAAGGGUAGUAAUUUCUCAUAAUAUGGACAAAGCUCUAAAAGAAGUGUUUGACUACAGUUACAGAGAUUAUGUUCUGUCCUGGUAUGGAAAUCUCAGCAGAGACGAGGGGCAGCUUUACCAUCUGCUCUUAGAAGACUUUUGGGAAAUUGCCAGACAACUGCGCCACAGACUGAGCCACGUGGAUGUGGUUAAAGUCGUCUGCAAUGAUGUUGUAAGAACUUUACUUGCUCAUUUCUGUGACCUGAAAGCUGCAAAUGCCAGACAUGAAGAACAGCCACGGCCUUUUGUGCUGCGUGCAUGCUUGAGGAACUCCCAUGAUGAAGUGAGAUUCCUACAAAUGUGUUCUCGGGUUCUGGUGUUCUGUCUGCUCCCCUCAAAGGAUGUCCAGUCUCUCAGUUUACGUAUAAUGCUUGCAGAAAUUCUCACAACAAAAGUCUUGAAGCCGGUAGUGGAGUUACUUAGUAAUCCAGAUUACAUCAACCAGAUGCUGCUUGCCCAGCUGGAGCGCAGAGAACAGAUGAAUGAACAUCACAAAAGAGCCUACACCUAUGCUCCUUCUUAUGAAGAGUUCAUCAAGCUUAUUAACAGCAACUCAGAUGUUGAGUUCUUGAAGCAACUAAGGUAUCAGAUUGUAGUGGAAAUAAUACAAGCGACUACGAUUAGCAGCUUUCCCCAGCUGAAGAGACACAAGGGGACACCAGUCAUAUUGGAUGAGGGCCGACCCCAUUGGCCCCAUUUUAACCUAAUCACCACUGUAAAGACCUUCUCCAAAUGUGGUCACUCUGAGCCCUCGAGAGAAGGCAAGCAGGCUGAGCCCGCUGGGGCCAUGGAGCUGUGUUGCCUUGGGACAGAAAACACAGGAGACUGGUUCACCUCUCUAGGGUCACAGAGGAGCAGUGAUUAUCGUCAUGCCCAGAUA